AUGUCUUCUCACAAGACUUUCAGGAUCAUGUGGUUCCUGGCCAAAAACCCAAAGCAACCACAGAAUUGGCCUAUCCCUCAAUGGAUUAGUAUGAAAACUGGUAAAAAGAUCAGGUACAACUCCAAGAGGAGGCACUGGGGAAGGACCAAACUGGGUCUGUAA